GAGAAGUAGAAUCGGUUCCUUGCAGACGUGUUCGAUCUGCUGGUGCCACCAACCCGCCAAUCCAGUAAUUUAAAAGGCCACACAAUUUUAGCCCCCUGCACAUGCAUUGUCUCUCCAAUAUCUAUCACUCACCACCCUUCAGGGAUCACAUUUCUUUUCCUUCCUCCUCUCCUGGCCCAGCUCAUACUUAUUCUUUUCACAGGUUAGCACUAUUCGAAGAAAGAUUCUGGUGUUUCCUACUUCCUGGUGAGGCCAUUUCCUGACAGACACAACGAGAAUAAUGGCAUAGAUGAUAUGUGCUCCAGGGUUUAUACGAAAAUCAAUAAUUAUAGCAGAUAUCCACAAGGUCGGUUGAGCUUGCUGCCACCUGCCAGGAGCCUUCAUCUCCCAGCUGUGUUGGUCCAGCUGGACGUGGACAGUUGGGCAAUGGAAACGCUCGAGAUAAUAGGAAGCUAGAUUUGGGUCGCUGUUGACACUUUGGUUUGUUGCUCGCCGGUUCUUCCUUCGUCGCUGUCGCGUCAGAAGUCAGAGCAGUGAAAGAAGCAUCCGUGCAUGAGCAAUGGAGGCCAACGGCGUCAUCCCAGAUGUGAUGAUGCCGUCGCUCCUCGCCGACGUCGAGGUGUCACACCUCGCCGGCUUCGAUGUCACGCCGAGCCCGCACGCUGAACCCAGCCCACGCCCUCAGCUCCGCCACGACAAUCCGUCCCGCUCCCGGGUUCCGCCGCUGGAACGCGUGUCGCGGCGCAGCGAGGUUGUGUUCCCGCCGCUGGACUCGCCGUUCCAGGCUCCAGGAUACCGAUCGGUGCAGCCCGUGUCCAUCAGCCUGCCGGCGUCGCCGACAGGCUUCGGCGUGCCCGUGGCCCUCCCCAUCGCCGUGGGCGACGCCGGCGAGCCGGCCGACCUCCGGAGGCAGGCUAUGUCGAACGCGGCACGCGAUGCGGAAGAACAGCAGCUGGCGGCGCAGGGCAAGGGAAGCAACAAUAACGUUAGGUUCGUGCAGCCGGACAAGGUGGUGUUCCGGUCGCAGCCGAUCCCUGGCGGCAAGCCGGCACGCCGCGCGGCAUCGAACCGCGGCGGCCGGAUGAUGUCCCGGGACAGGCGCUACGACUCGUUCAAGACGUGGUCCGGGAAGCUUGAGCGGCAGCUCACCCAUCUGGCUGGCGCCGGGCCGGAGGUCCCCGAGGAGGAGGAGGACGGCUGCGACGGCGACGCCAUCAGCAGCCACCACACCAAGUCCAUGCCUCAGGUUGAUCGCUUCUUCGCCGCACUGGAGGGCCCCGAACUGGACAAACUCCGGUCAUCGGAGGAGCUGGUGCUUCCGUCGGACAAAACGUGGCCGUUCCUGCUCCGGUUCCCGGUGUCGGCGUUCGGUAUCUGCCUCGGCGUGAGCAGCCAGGCGAUCCUGUGGAAGACGGUGGCGACGUCAACGCCGACGAGAUUCCUUCACGUCACUACCAAGGUGAACCUGGUGCUCUGGUGCGUUUCCCUCGCGCUCAUGUGCGUCAUCGCGGCCAUCUACGCUUGCAAGGUGGUCUUCUUCUUCGAGGCCGUCCGCCGGGAGUAUUACCACCCGAUCAGAGUCAACUUCUUCUUCGCGCCGUGGAUUGCCUGCCUCUUCCUCGCCAUCGGCGUGCCGCCGUCCGUCGCGACGGAGCUGCCACGCUGGCUCUGGUACGCGCUCAUGACACCUAUCCUCUGCAUGGAGCUCAAGAUCUACGGGCAGUGGAUGUCCGGCGGGCAGCGGCGGCUGUCCAAGGUGGCGAACCCGUCGAACCACCUGUCGGUCGUCGGCAACUUCGUCGGCGCGCUGCUCGGCGCGUCCAUGGGUCUCAAGGAGGGGCCCGUCUUCUUCUUCUCCGUUGGGCUGGCGCACUACACCGUGCUGUUCGUGACGCUGUACCAGCGGCUGCCGACGAACGAGACGCUGCCCAAGGAGCUUCACCCGGUGUUCUUCCUGUUCGUGGCGGCGCCGAGCGUGGCGUGCAUGGCGUGGGCCAAGAUCACCGGCGAGUUCGGCCUCGGGUCAAGGGUCGCCUACUUCAUCGCCAUGUUCCUGUACGCGUCGCUCGCCGUCCGGAUCAACUUCUUCAGGGGGUUCAGGUUCUCGCUGGCGUGGUGGGCGUACACGUUCCCGAUGACCGGCGCCGCCAUUGCGUCCAUCCGCUACUCCACGGAGGUGGACAACGCCUUCACCAAGGCGCUCUGCGUCGCGCUCUCCGUGCUGGCCAUGCUCACCGUGCUGGCGCUCCUGGCGACCACCAUCGUGCACGGCUUCGUGCUCCGCAACCUCUUCCCCAACGACAUCUCCAUCGCCAUCACCGAGCGCAAGGUCAAACCCAUCGUGGAGCUGCAUGAGAUGCUCGGCAGCAAUGACAGCGCCGCCGGUCGUAGCAACGACGACAUCGAGGCCGGUGUUGCGACAGUCGAAUCAUCGUGAUCCGACUAAAAGCACACGCUCAGUACAACAUGUACAUGAAUCGAGGAUGACACGAGACAACGCAUGACUGUUCUUGCUUGCCUCGUGGACUUGCAUUGAUCUGUGGCUUAGCAUACGUGGCAUGCUCACUAGACACAAAGAUUGCCUCGUGGACUCCUGGUGUAAAUCAAGAAGAGGAACCUUUAACUUUUCGAUUAAGCUUGCGGCUAGAUGUUCUGUACAUUUUUCAGAUAAUGGAUUAUAAGAACCUAGUA